AAACAUAGGGGGUGGGGAGAGACUGAGAGCACCCGGCCGCCGACUUCUCCCACCCCCUAAAAUAUGAUCAGGGGGGCUUGGAUGUAUCCAAGGGAAGAUGAGGCCGUCUUAAAGAUCUGCUGGGAACCCCGACACAGCGACAAACCGUGUGCCGACUCGGAGCGGGCUCAGAGAUGGCGCUUGUCCCUCGCCUCUCUCCUCUUCUUCACCGUCCUGCUGUCUAACCACCUCUGGCUGGUCUCUGCAGGGGCCAAAGCCAGGGGCAACUUCUCCUCCAGCCACCAGCCGGCCGACGCCAGCCUGCUGAGCUUCCCAGGGGAGGGCAGGGGGUGCUGGGACCACUUCCUAAGCAAUUCCACCAAAUCUGCUGCUCACAGCCCGCACUGCACUGGGGCCAGGUCCUCUCACCUGGACACGGCCUGCACCAAACUGCAUUCGCAGAGACACCGGGGCUCGCUGCCCCCUCCCCCCCCCCAAUCCUCCUCCUCAAGAUCCUACUCCCCUUCCUCGACUUCCUACAACCAAAAGAGGAACUUUUUGAAGGCUUAUUUUAACAAUUUCACUCUGUCUUUUUGUGAUACUUACACCAUCCUGGACCUGCUGCUGGGCAUGUCUAACCCGGACAGCCUGAACUGCAGCCUGGAGAACCUGAUGGAGGACUUCAUGGGGGCCCCUGCAGCCCCUUCUGCUGUCACUGACGAUGAGGUGUGCAGCAACUGUAUCCAAGCUUACCAGAGACUGGAUCAACACGCUCAGGAAAAAUACGAGGAGUUUGACUUUGUGUUAGAGAAGUACCUGCAAUCUGGGGAGUACUCUGUCCGAUCCUGCGUGGGGGACUGCAAGGCCGUCUACAAAGCCUGGCUGUGCUCAGAGUAUUUUAACGUGACCCAGCGACAGUGUCGUAAUGGUAUUCCCUGCAAGCAGUACUGCCUGGAGGUGCAGACCCGCUGUCCCUUCAUACUACCUGACAAUGAUGACCUAAUCUAUGGAGGGUUACCUGGCUUCAUCUGUACAGAUUUGCUAGAAAACCAUAUGUCUAACACAGAUGCAGUUUGCUGUGAUGUCCGAUGGCAUUCCUGCAACACCCUGGGGAGCAGCGUCCACAACACAUCUACCAAAUCUUUGAACUCCCAAUCCAUGUAUUACCAACACCGCAGUCGCCACCACCAGCACCCUCACCAUCGGCACCAUCACUUGCAUCCUUACCAUCAUCAUCACAAACCAUCUCUGCUGCCGGUCUCAGCGGGAUCCCGCCUCGGAAACACGAGACUAAAGCUGUGCGUGCUGGUGCUUAUGUUGCUCCACACCAUGGCCUCCUUUUCAGCUGUGCAAAAUGGGGUGAGCUUGGAAGCCAUGCCUGGCAUGGAUGAGACAUCAGCACGUGAAGAGUGAAAACGUGGAAGUGCUUUCUGAAGAUUGGAAUAAGUUCUUCUAAAGGGUGUGC